GUGUUCGGAGUGAUCAGUCCUAAUUGUAGUGUGCUCCUGAAUGUCGACCGGUGACCGACUGUUUUGAUGUGCCCCGCUGUUAGUCGCUUGAACGAGACGAGAAAACAUAAUCGGUUCGUCUGUGAGUGUCAACAUACUACCUCGAUCAUUAAGAAAUACGUCGUGUCGUACAGAUUUUGUCCUCACGUUUGAAACGCGUAAACUCAACCGGUCUUUCGGGGCUCGCGAGAAGUGUGUCAAAGUCGAUGUAACGUGUUACUGUGCGUCCAUAGUCAAUCGCAGCCGCAAGUGUCUCCGGGGACGUCGGAUACACGGAUCCUCCCGAAAAAUGCCGGCGCGGUAGUGAUCGUGGCCUCGAAGCGAGUCCUUUUACGGCGGGGACGAGCAUCGAAAGCGGAGGAGAACCCUCCUCUUUCUCUCUCAUCCGUUCGGUUCGUCGACUUAGGCCCACGGACAGACGAAAGAAGAAGAAGGCUGCCGCGGCCCAGACCGACGCAACGGGGAGAGACGAGGGAAAAACGAGAAGAACGAGCCGGGGAGUUCCAUGAGAGAAACAUCGAAAACUAGACGGCAGGUACAACAGCAGGAAUGGAAUAAACCGAGCGGGGAACUGUAAAAACCGGGGAGGAAGGGAAUACCGACGGUGGGUCCUGGACGUCAGGUAGACCCGGGAUGGAGUAGAAGGGGACAACAUUUUUCGGGUCGGAAGCCUACGAGGGGAAGAGAGGAGAAAUUGAUUGAUACGGUGGAUAGUAAGAAAUUGUGAAGAUAAAAUUGACGGUGGACAGAGAUAUCGGUUUCCGUGAAAAGUUUUCCCCGAAGGGAAAGAGGCUAAAUGCCAGAUAGAGGAGGGAAGCUGACGAGGAAGGUGGAGUAGAAAAAGGAAGAGGUCUCACAGGCCGAGGCCGAAGCCUCGGGGGAGAGGAAUGGGUGCCGGGAUGGGCAGGAGCGGCACGAGCGGCGGCUUCCUAGAGGCACUUCCUACGGGAACGCCGCUCCAUGUGGCCAUGCUCGGCCUGGACAGCGCCGGGAAGACCACCGCGCUGUAUCGGCUCAAGUUCGAUCAGUAUCUGAACACCGUGCCCACCAUUGGCUUCAAUUGCGAGAGGAUCCGCGGUGGCAUCGGGAAAGCGAAAGGUGUGAAUUUUCUCGUGUGGGACGUGGGCGGUCAGGAGAAAUUACGGCCGUUAUGGAAGUCGUACACCCGAUGCACGGACGGUAUCAUAUUCGUGGUCGAUUCCUGCGACGCUGAGAGACUCGAAGAGGCGAAAAUGGAGCUGACCAGGACGGCGAGGAGCCCGGACAACGCCGGCGUGCCCAUCUUGAUCUUGGCCAACAAACAGGAUCUGCCAGGUGCCAAAGAGGUGGGCGAACUGGAGAAGCAUCUGGGGGUCCUGGAGCUGGCCGGUAUGCCGGGCAGCGCUUGCAUCAGGGUGCAACCGGCGUGCGCCAUCACCGGCGAGGGCCUCCACGAAGGUCUGGACACCCUGUAUCAGUUGAUACUGAAACGUCGCAAGCUCGCGAAGCUGAACAGGAAGCGGGCCAGGUAGGCCAGGUCCUCGGAGGACUGCACGUGUGUCUUUUGAUGUUGCGAGCCGCGGACAGUCUCUCCUUUGGAAUCGGCCACGCCUUCCACGGCGUCUUCAUCCUCUUCCUCGUCAUCCUGGAAUGGCGACGACGGCGAGGUCUUUGAGUGAAAACGUGUACACGCACACGUGCCGCGAUCCUCUCGUGUCGCGGACAGUUGAUCGUUCUCGUCGGUGAACGAUCCACACCCUCGUUCUCGUCGCUCGAACCCCACGGGCGAAGCUUGCCCGCGUUCUUUCGACGCGGACGAUGCUUCUGAACGCGAUCUUGGAGAAUCGUGCGUCUCUCCUCGAUCUGACGAUUUUUCGAGUUGGAAGACAGUUUUGUGUCCUUCCAACGAUUUGCAAAAUGAUCGAUAAGAUUUUUUGACUACCUUGGAAUUUUUCUUAUACGAAGACAGUUUUGGACAAGAGAGAAUAAGAGAUUUAAAACGAUGGAUUUGAAACGAGAUUAAGACUAUUUAAGACGAGAUCGAAGCUGGACUCGGUUCCCGCAGACGCGGGAUCGCGGUCAGAAAAAUUUUGCUACAAUGACGUAUCGAAUAGUAGGAGGAUUGUGGAAUGCGACAACGAAACAAGUGCUUCUUCACCCGCAAAACGACCCGAGAAGCUCUAUUUUGGCAAAUUUUCCAUCGCGGAACGUUUCCCAUCGGGGAAACUUUUCUAACGAGUUUCGCUCUCGGCCUCGGCUCGUUAUCGGUAACGAGCCCCGGUCCCGCUUAGCUCCCGCGUUUCUCGCGAUUGAUAACGACUGAAAAACGUAAGAAUGGGACGCGACACCAGGCGACGGAAUUACGUGUUUUGUUCGCGAGAAAAAGAUCAGGAGUUUCGUGAUAACAGGGGGGGCGACUCCGUUCUUCGAUAACGAAUGCCAUUGCAUCGACUAUUAAUACAAUGCUGACGCGGUGGUCCGGGUCAUCGAGAUGGAUAUUAAUAACGAUGAUCGUGAGGCUUGAACGAUUAAUUAAAAAUCAUCGUGGCUGGCAACAGAUUGUAUUUCUGCUGGCAUCGAGAAUUUCUUAGUGUCUUCGGCAUUUUUAAGGGAGUUUACUUGGUAAUUAAAUUAACGGUAACAUUUAGUUAAAAUUUUACAUGAACUUUCGUUUGUAUAUGAAAAGGUUUAUGUAAAAAUUUCAAGGCUCUUCAUUGUUUUAUAAUCGAGAUAUAACGUUUUAAAGAUUUGCGAAUUUUACAUAUCAUAUGCAAACGAAAGCCCAUGUAAAAUUUUAACUAAAUCUUAUCGUUAAUUAAAUUAUCAAGUAAACUCCCUUAAUACAAGUAUUGAAAUUGAAGAAAAACUUAAAGUAUUGAAAUUAAAUUAAAAACUGAUUGUCUUUUAUCAAUCAUUUGGUCGUUUCGUUCGUAUCAGGAUUUUAAUUAUCACUGUCGUAUACGUGAAUAAAAAAGGAGAAUUUUUGCCACGCGAGGAACCGCGUUAGUUUACUGUGAGACGAUCGCGUUAGCGAAGACGUAGGUGUAUGGUAGUCCGCGAUUCGUAGCGCUCGAGGUGAGAUCGUGGACCUAGGCGUCCCGGCGACGACCGUGCCUCGCCAAUUUUUUGCACCUUUAUACCGUGUAAGGAGAGAACAAAAGAAAAAUAACCGCGCAAAUAGAUUGUCGCGGCUUCUUCCCGAUGGACGGAACCUUUUUUGUAAGAGAGGAGAAAAAAAAAUGUACAUGUGUGAUAACGACCCCUAUCCUUCCCUGGUUUCCUGUUCAACCACGUGCACGCGUGAACAGGCGAAUGCGUAUUUCUGCUGUGGGAGAGAAUCGAGAACCAGGACCGAUCGUUUUGAGCUUUUGAUCGGAGACAUAUCUUCAGGAA